ACUGGGAACACUGGGAACCGUCCUUUAAUGUCUUGACUCUAAACACUCCGAUACAGCAGGUGGCGGUAUGCAGGUGACGAUUCUUCGCGAUCCGCCAAUAACCAAAGAAGAAGAACAGCCGCAAAUGGCGUCUGAUUAACUGUCCUCUUUACAGCAUGAAUGAACCGUCAGCCUCUGUAUGACUGGACAGACCUGUCUGAACGGACUCUGUGCUGCUGUUUUAGUUUUCCAGUAUCUUACAAACCGUGCAGAGUUAGCUUAGCUUGUUAGCUGGUAACGGGGAUGUUUGUUACCGCAGCAACCAGUGUUAGCAACGCUGACAGUCUGACGGAGGAAAAAAGUUUCUGUCAUCGUGUUAAAAUGUCUAAAGUCCAAAUGCUGAGAGCUGUGGUCGACCAGCGACUAACUGCGGCUGCUGAAGAGAUAUUUGUGCUGUUUGAAAGAUCGAUAGCAGAGUACGAGGAGGAACUUUCUCGAUCCAAAGAGGAGAACGAGCGACAACGCAAACUACUGGACGCUGUUUUCAACCCUCAACUUCAGCUACACAGAGCAGUGUUUCCUGCAGACGUCCAGCAGCUGUUUGGAAGUAAAGAAGAGGCUCCCCCUGAGCAGCAGGAGUGGAGCUCCAGUCUGGACCAGGAGGACCCAGAGCCCCCACACAUUAAAGAGGAACAGGAGGAACUCUGGACCAAUCAGGAGGGAGAGCAGCUUCAAGGGCUGCAGGAGGCUGAUAUCACCAAGUUCACAUUCACUCCUGUCCCUGUGACAAGUGAAGAUGUUGAAGAGAAACCUCAGUCCUCACAGCUUCAACAAAGACAAACUGAGGAGAACAAAGACUCAGUGGGAGGUGAAGAAGUCAGGAACCUAGAGCCAGAUAGACUUUUACAAGCAGAUACUGACGACAGGACUUCUGACUGUUCUGAAGUCAGAGAUGAUGGUUGGACAGAAACCAGUGAACCUCAGCCAGAUUUAAACUCUGUGAACAAUUAUAAAGUCCUUGUUAGUGAUAUGAGAUGUAAUACCGUCAAGAAACAAUAUAACUGCUCUGAGUGUGGUAAAAUAUUUCAAUAUAAGAAGUGUCUGAAUAGACACAUGAGAAUCCACACAGGGGAGAAAUCCUUUAAAUGUCUGUUUUGUGGUAAAGCCUUCGUACGAAAGGAAGGUCUGACACAACAUGUACGGCUCCACACAGGAGAGAAACCAUUCAGCUGCAGAGUUUGUCACAAAAGAUUCACCUGGCAGGCACAGGUCAAACAACACCACUGUAUAGGGGAGUCAUCACAGUUUCAAACUGAAGCUGAAGGAAAGGACUGCGGAGGAUCAGAAGCAGCCAGGAACUCACAUCCAGAUAGACAUUUAAAACCAGAUGCUGAUGACAAGUCUUCAAACUGUUCUGAACGUGACCCUAAAGUCAUUGAUCAUGCCUGUGAGGAGACCAUGGAGCCCCUGCCAGGUUUAAAAAUGGAGAAAAAUAAUACAGUCCCUGAAAGAUGUAAUUCUGGCAAGAAAAAAUUUUACUGCUCUGAGUGUGGUAAAAUAUUUGACUGCAAAGAGUAUCUGCAGAAACAUAUGAGAGUUCACUCAGGAGAGAAGCCUUACAGCUGUUUGAUAUGUAAUAAACGUUUCUCCAGUCGAGGAUAUGUCGCAGUUCACAUGAAAAUCCACACAGGGGAGAAAUCCUUUAAAUGUCCGUUUUGUGGUAAAGCCUUCGUACGAAAGGAAGGUCUGACACAACAUGUACGACUCCACACGGGAGAGAAACCGUUCAGCUGCAGAGUUUGUCACAAAAGAUUCACCUGGCCGGCACAGGUCAGACAACACCACUGUGUUGGUGAGUCGUCACAGUUUCAAACAGUCUGCAGCUCAACUCCACAGACGGAAACAGAAGCUGACGGAGAGAACGGUGGAGGAUCAGAACCAGCCAGGAACUUUGAGAUCAGUGAUGCUGAUAUGCAGGAACCUUUCAGAGCACCCUUGAUAAACUCAGUCAGCUCCGCAGUGAAGUUGACUGAACUCCAGUUUAAACAGACCUGUACCAGCGUCUUCACCGCCUUCUCCUCUACUGUUCGGUGUGAUCGACUCUUCAGCCGACAGCUCGGUCAGCAGUCAAUCAGGAUUUUAUUACUAAACUAACACUAGGGUGCACUUUUUAUUUUUCUGAAUGUGGAAAUCUGAUGUUUUCACAUCACAAAUGAUAAACAACAUCAUUCAAACACGAGUCUCGCAGGUAAAACAUUAGACUCAUGCAGCUGUUAUAUCUGCUGAUGCACUUGAUUGUCACAGCAGUAACUGGGUGGAGACAUGAAUAAUAUUUCUCACAGGAGUCUGUAUUAAAGAAAGAAAGACUAAUAAUUAUGUUUAAUAGGAAGGCCUAUAAGAAGUAAAUGUAUGUAACGAGAUAAAUGUUGACAUUUAUCCCUCCUGCUCAGUCUCCCAGUUUGUGGUCCAAGAUUUCCUCGAAAAAACAAUUUAUGAUUGGUCACUUUAGGACUUGAUACUACAGUUAUUGCUGCACUAAGCUUAUCCUUAUUGGCAGACUGAAACAGACAGCGUUAUAGGAAUUUUAAGGUCAGUCUGGCACUGAAAGCAUGUCAAAAAGGACAGAACUGAACCUCAGUACUAGAGUAGAACUAAAAAAAUUUAUCAGUAGAAAUGAGUGUUAAAAUUUGUAAUUGAAUAUUUGGUCAGUUUCUUCAUUUUUUAGAUGAUUUUUCAGAUAUUUCCUAAUUUAAAUCACAACUUGAAGUCCUCACAAUGCUUUACUUAUUAGUUCCUGUUUUGGUUGUUUGUGCUCAGACAACAUUAACUGACACACUGAGAUGUUGUCUUUAAUUUACUGUACUGGAACUCUGAUAUCGUAUCAGCACCAAUAUUAAAAUAAUUGCAACAGAUCCAGCCCAGGGCAAUGUAAGAAGAGAAAGAAACAAAAACUAGAUUGAUAAACUGAUGGUCAGUGUUUAAGUAACGUUAAUCAUUCUUGUGGUUUGCUAAUAUUUUGUGUGAGUUACAUGGUAUUUAUGACGCUAAAUGUGUUCUGUGUGCCUUUAUAGAAGACUGGAGUUUAUGUAAAUGAAAACAGUCCUGCAGCGCUGGACUCCUUCAAAGAGAUGAUCAAUAUAUUCUGGUAAUCUGUUAAAUAUGUAUUUUGUAUUAAAUGUUUUUUCACACACUGUAAAGAGCUUUUAAUCUUUUGAUUGUGAAGUUUGAUUGUUAAUUUCUUAUUAAUUUUGUUUGUGUGAACUGAUACAGUCAACAUGAAUAAAAAGUUAAUUAGUGUUUGACGUUACAGUCUGGUUGAUUGGUAUUUAUUAUGAGGAUGAUGACAGGAAAGCGGGCUGAAAUGAUUAGUCAAUUAAUUAGUUGACUGAAAGCAUAUGUAUUGCCAGCAGUUUUGAUAAUUGACAAAUCAUUCAGGUUUUAUAUCACAGCGUACUAUAUUGUUAUAGUAUGUAUACUUUUGCUAUUCUUGCCCUUAUUUGUGAUUUUCCUGAUAAUUAGAUUUUUUUUUCUUAUACCUACUAAGUAGCUUGCCAUGUCUCUUGAAGU